AUGAAUCUUUCUUUAAAAGCCAGUACCAUUCGAAAAUGCCCCAGAAAAAGUAUAUUUUCCUCCUGUUCGGUAUUUCCCAUGAAAGUCAUUUUCAGUAAUCAAAAUUUCCAGAGCUUUUCUGCUUUUGGUCGUCCGUAUUCUCUUUUAUGUAAGCCCCUAACUACGAGAAAUGUAGCAUGUCCCUCUAAACAGAAAUGGCAUCAGCCAGUUGAUAUCGGGGAAAGGCCAAGCUUUUUCAUUACCGAUUUAUCAUCAUCUAUUAGCAAGUUGCCAGCACGUCGGUACUUUUCUUCAUCAUCUCACAUAAAAGGACUACCGAACCGCAAAACAAAUUUCUUGUUCCCCUCUCUUAGUGAGCAUCGGUCAGGUUCAGAGGUUGCGAAAACUAUAGCGAUUCUGGUGUGCAUAACAAAUGGUCUUGUCUUUUGGUUAUGGGAUCUCGCAAAAGAUGACGCAAGGACCUUGCACGACUUCAAAAGACUCGAUUGGAUGUUAAGAAAUACACAAUGUUCUUUGCAGAACCUGUACGAUGGAAGGUGGUGGACGUUAAUAACUAGUCUUUUUUCGCACCAGAACUUAACUCAUCUUCUUGUCAAUUGCUUCGCCAUCUAUUCCUUUAUGCCUUUAAUUGUUCACAGAUUUGGUAUUUUACGAUCGUUUUCGGUGUACUUUUUGUCUGGCAUUAUGGGAAAUUUUGUUGUUUUGGAAAGAUUAUUGAGGAAAGAUGAAGUAGCUUCAUCAAAAGGCUCUUUGCAUGUUUGGGAUGUUCUUUUUAAUAAGGAAAGCUUCUCCGAAACGCAAAGCUGGCUAGCAUAUAUUAAAAAUAAGUUCUCGCUGUCAUCAUUUGAGGCUGAAAAAAACAUACAUACAUUGUCUUCAAGUUGGAGAAAAGGAGUACUCGGAGCUUCAGGUUCUGUUUAUGGUAUUAUGGCACUGUUCGCUUGUACUUAUCCGUUGACUCAAUUUCUGUUGUUUUUUAUUAUUCCUGCACAAGCAUCAACUAUCCUACCUUUGGAUUUUCUGGUUGAAUCCCUUCUUCUAACUCAAAAUUAUGACGAAACGACGGGCAUAGCUUUCGAUGCCCAUGUUACAGGAAUGAUCUUGGGUACACUCUCAUCCUUUUUAUUAAUUCCAAAAGUUUGGCGCUCUAGAUUUAUAUAUAGAAAAGGCUUGUAA